AUGGCAGCCCGAGCCCACACGGCCGAGCCCACAGGCACGGGCACGCGAAAUGACCUAGAAAACGCAGAUCACAACAACAAGCAGGCGGACAGCUUCACAUGCGCGUCCAACGACCCUCCACUGCCUCCAGAAAGUGCCACGUCGGUAGAAGUCCGCACAUUUCUCACGGACGUCCUCUGUACGCAAUACGGAGUUGAAUCUGAAGCGUCACGCAACAUAGCCAGCCUUUGGACGGUCGGUUCGGGGCGCGAGCUACGUACCUAUCCAGCAGACAUGUUUUUCAGUGUCUUUGGAGAUCAGGCCGGAUGGGUACUGUACAAAGAGGUCGGUAGCCGGAUGACGCAAAUGGAUAUAAAGCGGAAUCCUAACUUUGACGCAACGAAAAACCGUAAGUGUCCCGCGCCCCUUACCAAGACGGCAGAGUCUGCAGAGAGGAAAGCUAAGUCCAUAAUCAAGGCUCCGUAA